UUUGCGGAACGACGGAUCCUUCGGCGGGCUCGCAGAGUUGACAUUACCCAGGCGUGAAAAUUCCCUUCUUACCUUCUCACGUCCGAUACCUUCCGGCACUUGCUCGCGUAUUCUAGAACACACGCGCGUGUGAAAACACUCGCUCUUGACGCGCGUACCGUACGCAUACACGGCUGUUCGCGUUACGACGGCGAUGUCAACGUGAGCGAGAGAGAGACGGCUCGGGAUGCGGGGAUCCACGAAGAUGGCGCUGAUUUGUGUUGUGUCAGAUUUUUAAAAUUGAUUUGAACCUUAUCGAGUUUUGACACGACGUGGGAUCCGGCUCGUAGCGUUCUGCACUUAACCUAGUCAUGUUGAACCUUGAACCGUCAUCGCGUACGUGAAGUUCACGGGAACCCCGUGAGAUAUUGCACGAGGAGAAGCAGGAAAGGAUCCUCCGUUGAAUUUGUGACUGAACGAAGAGUCGCCGGAGGCGAGCCACGUCGAUCGAGAAGUGAUAUCGCGUGGCCGAUCGUGCGAUCGUCGUGAAAAAACCCGACGCUGAUCGCUGGCUUCGUCGCUGCCAGAUCUGCCCGUCGUUCGCAAACUGGUGACGAUCAAGGUUCGAUUGGAUGCCGAUAAAAUUCACACCUGGCUGAGAUGCCGAAGAUAAGGAUCAAGCAGACGCCGAACAGCCUGUGGUUGAGGCAACGCGAGCUGGGUGUCAAGUUCCCCCUCGGUCACAGUGACCAUUUCCAUAAGACUCUUUAUUCCUCCAUGCAGCCCGUAACCUCGUGGGACCACGGGGACAACUUGACCGCCGCCAGGCACGGCGGUGUGUUUAAUCUGGAAUAUUCACCGGACGGGUCCCUCUUAUUAGCGGCAUGUGAGAAGAAAAGUAUUUUAAUGUUUGACCCAUUAUGUAGAAGAUUGAUUCACGCUAUAGACAAUGCCCAUAAUGACUGCGUCAAUUGCGUAAGGUUCCUGGAUCAACGUAUGUUCGCGACCUGUUCGGAUGACAGUACAGUAGCUUUGUGGGACGCUAGGAACUUGAAACAGAGGAUAAGAACCCUUCAGGGGCAUUCUAAUUGGGUCAAGAACAUAGAAUAUAGUCCAAAAGAUAGCCUAUUAUUGACCAGUGGAUUUGAUGGUAGCAUAUACACUUGGGAUAUUAAUAGCUUUACAGAGGAUAACUUUGUGUACAAUCGUGUGUUUCAUACAAAUGGACUAAUGCGAACGAGACUUAGUCCUGACGCUAGUAAAAUGUUAAUAUGCACUACUUCGGGAUAUCUAAUUAUAAUACAUAAUCUUAAGCUCAGUACGCUUUCUCAGGAUUUGGCAGGAUUCAAGCCAAAUAUGUAUAGGCUAAUGCAGUUGUCUCAAACCACCAUACCAGUUGCUGCGAGUUUUACUCAUCUGUUUGCUCACUCCCGUACUCACAAUAGAGUCGAGUUCCUCACCGAUUUUCCCGUGGGUGACGACGCCGAGGUAAUAUCCAGUCUUCAAGUUCACCCACAGGGAUGGUGCGCCCUGUCCAGAAACGUCAGCAACGGAGAGAAGUCCGAGUGGACCUGCAUCCACGACAUACAGGAACGCGACGCGACCACCAACAGUAUGGAGCAGACGAAGGAGAGCGAGGAGUCCGCUCCGCAGUUCAACGAGCUGACGGUGGAGGAAUUCGAGGACUUUCAACAGCCGCAACCGUCGCGUUCGGGCAUCACGUCUUCUUUCGUGAUCGAGAGCGCAAAUCGUGCCAGAGUGGUGCACACCGUGUCGGAUGUAAGGUCGAAUUCGUUCGUGUCCACGGACGCCGCCUCGUCGGUCAGGCCGCCGCGGACAAGUUGGCAGGUAACGCCGCGCAGGAACCUGCGCUCGCAGUCGAGGAGUCCGCGCCCGGACCGGAACGUCGUGCGGACGAACUUCGAUAUGGUCGAGGUGAGCGCCGCCGCGGGUACCGCUGCCGACACGAGGGUGAACGCGAUUCACAACGAGGAGAGGGCGGAGGAUCAGUACAUGGACGAGAACAACGAGAACCCGACGGGCGCGUCGACCGACGAGAGGGACCGGGAUUACCGGUCCCCGCGGCCGAACUCUCAGCUGAACGACCUGCGGCGGCGUAACGUGAUCGACAACUUCGCCAGCGGCAACGUCGAGCUGCACGUAAGCUCGACCGACGUGUGGGAGGCGCUUGUGGCGAUUCGAGAGGCCAGGUUGCGGAGGGAACGCGAGAGGGAGUUUUACCCCGCCGCCGACAGGAGGGACUGGCUUCCCAGGGCGAACAACGGCGUGAGCGUGAACAUACCGCGCUCGUCCCACACGGUCGUGAUAAUCGGCGACAGGACCCGGGUGCAGAAUCAGAACCGGCAGAAUCUGCAGACCAUGUACGCCAUACCGAGGAAUCAUAAGAUACAUCAGAACACACCCAGAUUGACGCAUUACAUCGAGGAGCCCAACGUCGGUUCCGGCUACAUCAAGGAACUCUGCUUCUCCGCUGACGGUAGAUUGAUAUGCUCGCCGUUCGGCUACGGGGUACGGUUGCUGGCGUUCUCCAGCGAUUGCACCGAGUUGUCCAACUGUGUACCGCCCGCCAACGAGUCCGUACAGCUCCACGAGCUGGCGACCAGCGUCAGUCAUUCCGACAUUGUGGUUAGCACCAAGUUCUCCCCCAGGCAUUGCCUGCUCGUGUCCGGCUGCCUCAGUGGCAAAAUUGUCUGGCAUCAGCCGGUGGUUUAGCUAAAUUGAUAAUUCACCAUAGGCAAUGUUGUUUUUUUUUUUUUUUUUUAUCAAUCGGUCUCUUAAUAAAUAGGUAGACACGUUUGCCGCUUUUGUGCAAGAACAAAUCGUCGUAGAGGAUUACGCUGACUGUGCGGAGUGAAUCUUCGUCUUUUUCUCUCUCUCUCUCUCUCUCUCUCUCUCCCUCUCUCUUUCUAUCUCUCUCUCUCUUUCUUUCUU